AUGACAACGAAGGCGAUCAAGAUGACGAUGACGCCGACGCCGACGCUGAGGAUGAUGACGCUGAGGAACGGCGGCGGCGGCGGAAAGACAAGGGGGAACAGAGAGGGCACAAACGGGUAUAUCCCUCCCUCCCUCGGCUCCCUCCUGCGCUCCCACUUGGCUCGUUCGAUACCACGACCGCUCAUCUGCCUCAGCUACUCGUUCCCUCGGCCCCUUGCACACACGUCCCUUCGACCAGUUGCCUGCUCCCACCGCUGUCUCAUUCGACACGAUCCACGGUCUCCACGGCAGCGGCGUCCCGCUCCACCAACACCCACGAACCAACGCUGCUCGACGACGCGGAAAACCACGACAACGAGGAGGAGAACGAGAAGGAGCACAGAAAAGGGAGGAAACGGACGACGAGGACAUAACCAUAGGUACGUCGUCACUGGCCCCAGUUCCUCCCCCGUACACGCACACCUCUCGCCCUCGACCUCCUCUCCACGUCGCCCUCAACGGCCUAUCCCUCGACUCUACCCGCCCCCUCCUCUCGUCUGCUCAACCUCACCCACCUCCGACCCGCUCUCCCGUCCGCCCCGCUCUCUCGUUCGACCCGCUCUCCCGUCCGACUCGCUCCCCCGUCCGACCCUCUCGACCCGAUCGCUCGCUGUGCUACCCUCCCCGCUCUCCUUGCACGAUCUCAUGCCCACUGGCCCGCUGGCCCACCGGCCGGCUCGCCCGCAUCGUCCACAUCGCCUCGCGCAUCGCAUGCGUUGCCCGGACCCACGCUCGACUCACCCGCAUCUCCCGCUCGACGCCGCGCUCGCCUGCUCGCUCCAGCUCGACACCACCGCCGUCCACCACCCCGACACGUCCUCCACCUUCCCUCUACCUCCUCCGCCUCCUCCGCUGUCGCCACCACCACCACCCACACCACCACUACCACUGCUUCCUCCACCUCACGCCGCUCCUCUGAGUUGUGGCGCACCAUGCCCAGCGCCGGCGGCUGAGACUGCACCGUGCAACCUCCUCCGCACCGCCCUCCUCCGUGCCGCCCUCCUCCGUGCCGCCCUCCUCCGUGCCGCCCUCCUCGACCAGGCAGUAGCUGCCCCAUCCGCAUCCGCAUCCUCGCGCACCGGCCGGUGCUAG